CAUACUAUCUCGUGUCAUUAUCAUUAUCGCCGAUCGUUAUCCGUUAUCAUUGUUUACGGCCGAUCGCAGAGGCGCGGCGGAGUAGAGGUGUGUCCGGACCACAGGUUGUCGUCGCGAGCUGUGCGUCCGUCGUCCGAGCCGACACGCACUCGACUGCGACGACCGCGCCAACGUGUGUGCGUGCAUAUAAUACAUACGCGGUAGUCGGUCACUCGUUUUACUGCGGUUAUUGCGGUAUACGCGCGUCGUUCGCACUUUGUCCCCGUAUGAGUUUUCCGUUUGCUAUUUUCCGAACCUCCAUCUUUCCGUCGUCCGUUCGCGUUAGCGUUGCCGUUCGCCGACCGUCGUUCGUUUUGGUUUUUCGCUCGGCUUAACUGCCCCGUCGCCGACGCGAUAUCGGAUUUCGUGGGCAACAUACGAAACAAAACAGAUCCACAACUAUAAAAUAAUUAUUAUUCAAUAAUCUACCAAUCGGCAAAUGCGUUUUCCAUCAGAUUUAAACAGCAGACAAAACAGUCUCGUUUCGAAGUGGUCACUACACAGAACUCAAUAGCAGCUGUCGAUAUACUGCACACUACAUACGGACGUACGACGUCGUCAUGUUAAAUACUACAGCCACCACCGAACAAAGGUGUCAUCGACAUCUUAUGUGGCCAAAUAGCCUGUCGUCUGGAUGCAGCCAGGAGAGCGGCGGGGACUUGGGCGGAUUCCCUGCUACUGCCGCGGCCGCAGCGUUCGCAGUAGCGGGCGGUUCGGGCGGUGCACCGCCGACACUGGGCUCGUCCAUGCAGGCCGCCGCCGCCGCGUACCAUCUGAAGACUUCGGCCACGUCGUCGCCGUACGCCAGUGUCAACAGCAUCGGCCUGAUGGAUUCGCUGCAGACGAGCAUGGGCUGUUACCCGACGGCCGCAGGUCAGAAUUACCACCAUCAUCAUUCCACCACGCUGUCCCUGUUCAAUCACCGUAAGCAUAAAAUCGACAAAAAAAAACUUAAACCGAUUAAAGAUUAUAACACCAAAACAGUGGGUAAUCCGAGAAAGCAACGCCGUGAACGAACCACGUUCACUCGAACGCAGCUGGAUGUGCUGGAAACGCUGUUCGCUAAAACCAGGUAUCCGGACAUAUUCAUGCGCGAGGAGGUGGCUCUAAAGAUCAACCUGCCUGAGUCCAGAGUACAGGUAUGGUUCAAGAACCGACGGGCCAAAUGUCGACAACAAGUGAAACAGACCCAACAGCAGCACCACAACGGAACGGACAAAGCGUCGAGGAACAACGGUUCCAAGUCGUCCGGGAAAUCGUCCGGCGGCGGCGGCGGUGGCGGCGGAGGCAACGGGUCCGUCAACAACAACAAAAUGUCGCCGACCAUCAACGGUGGCAGCGCGGGCGGCGGAGGCGGUGGCGGUGUCACCAGCUCGACCGCCGGCAACUCGCCCGUCUCCACCGGCACGUCGCUUUCGUCCAGCCGCCAGUCGCCGCCCGGCGGCGGCACAUCGUACAUCAAGCCGAUACUGAGCGGCACGCCGCCCAUUCAACCGCCGCCCGCCGUGUACCAUCCGAGUUCCGGCGGUGGCAGCAACACGCCAGGAUCCAUUUGGAGUCCUGCGAUCACGGAACCGCCACCGGGUUUAGUCGACUUGCAUCACCACAGCACUAGAUCAUCUCCCGUAGGCUCCAGCGGAGGAUACUCGACAAACGGCAGCACAGGCGGAAACUGUUACUCAUCUCAUCAUCACCAUCACCAACCGCAUCACCACCAUCCACAUCAUCACCACGCGGCAGCGCACCAUCACCAGAACUACGGCGGUUACUAUUCGAACAUGGAUUAUUUGGCACCACCACCGACAAUGUCGUCCCAUCAAACAGCCGAGAAUGGUUCAGAAUCGGCGUGGGUCAAACGUGACGACGCGUCCUCGUGGUUCUACAACUCGGCGGGCUGGGAACGUAAGUAAUAAAAGAAAAACGAUACGCUGUGGAGGAGUUGGAGCGCUGCUUGUCGCACUACCGGAGCAGAACAUUCUCGUCUCACAACCAAACUCGUCUGACAAACACCAACGGUCAGUGUUGUUAUCCGCGAUCAUUCCGCGCACUCCAACGGGGCGCCACCUCAGGACGUCGUGUUGAUGACGUAAUAUGUAUACAUAUACAUAUGUGUACUCAUGUCGGAGUCGGCGAGCCAUGUCGCGACCAUCUCCUCGAUACAACAACUACCCCUCUAAUUUCAAACCCCACCCCUUGAUUAUUGCAUGCUUAUAGUUUUACAAAUAUACAUGUCUCCUACGAUAUUAACUCUACCGCGUGUUACUUAUAUACACGGUGCUGUACACAACGAAACGAUAAAUCGAUCCAUUGUCGCCCCUCGUCUACCCCGUUUGACUGACAAUAUAAUAAUAAUAAUAUAAAGAUUGUACGUGUUCGCGAAACGUUUUCCAAAAAGUUUUUAAGUGUGCGAACAUGAACGAUGGUCUUUUUUUUUUAUUAUAAUUAUUAUCAUUAUUAUUAUUAUUUUUAAGUUUUCUCGUCGAUUACAGUAAAUACACCACUAUUCCUUCUAGAUAAGUUUUAAUAAUUUGAUAAUUGUUAUUUAAAAAGUGAUCUUGUGCCUAUAAAAAAAAAAAAAAUAUGACUCGAGGGUGGUGUUGUUUACUGUCUAAUCGACAUUAUCAUUGUAAAUAAGUACCUAUA